UUAAAUCACACAGAGCUCCUCUGACUCUCGCUUUGCAUCUCCCCCCCGUUUCUCCGCUCUCCAUCGGCAAACCGCUCUCCGCCAUCGACCUCGCUGGAGCUCCUGUGAGACGCUGUCCUCCGAAGGAGAAAAAGUAACACCUUUCCCCCUUUUCUGAGCCCUGCAGGACACCAGCAGCCGACAGCCACCAUGGAGGCCAUCAAGAAGAAGAUGCAGAUGCUUAAGCUGGACAAGGAGAACGCCAUCGACAGGGCGGAGCAGGCCGAGUCCGACAAGAAGGAGGCAGAAGAUAAAUCCAAGCAGCUGGAGGACGAGCUGCUCGCUCUGCAGAAGAAACUGAAAGGUACGGAGGAUGAGCUGGACAAGUUCUCCGAGGCCCUGAAGGAUGCUCAGGAGAAGCUGGAACUGUCUGAGAAGAAGGCCGCAGAUGCCGAGGGCGAAGUGGCCUCUCUGAACCGACGCAUCCAGCUGGUGGAGGAGGAGCUGGACCGAGCUCAGGAGAGACUGGCCACGGCCCUGCAGAAGCUGGAGGAGGCCGAGAAGGCUGCGGACGAGAGCGAAAGAGGCAUGAAGGUGAUUGAGAACAGAGCCAUGAAAGACGAGGAGAAGAUGGAGAUCCAGGAGCUGCAGCUCAAAGAGGCCAAACACAUCGCGGAGGAGGCUGACCGCAAAUAUGAGGAGGUUGCUCGCAAACUGGUGAUCCUAGAGGGUGACCUGGAGAGAGCAGAAGAGAGGGCAGAAAUCGCUGAACUAAAGUGCAGCGAGUUGGAGGAAGAGCUUAAAAACGUCACCAACAACCUUAAGUCUCUAGAGGCGCAGUCUGAUAAGUACUCUGAGAAAGAAGACAAAUACGAAGAGGAGAUUAAAGUCCUGAACGACAGACUCAAGGAGGCGGAAACCCGAGCAGAAUUUGCCGAAAGGACGGUGUCGAAGCUCGAAAAGACCAUAGACGACCUAGAAGAGAGCCUGUCGCAGGCAAAAGAGGAAAACCUAGGAAUGCAACAGGUUCUGGACCAAACACUGCAGGAGCUGAAUAGCUUGUAAAAAAAUAAAAAGCAAGAAGAACAAAGCACAAUGGAAAAAAAAAAAAAAACACGCCUUUUUUGUAAAGGAAUAUUUUCUAUAUGCCAUCCCUUCUUUGUCAUUUCACGUGUCCUAAUCUGUGACUUUUUAACACAUGUAGCCCACUUAUGUAUUUAUGGUUCCUUUUUGUUUCUUUUACUUUUUUAAAACGAAUGGUUUUGGGUCCACGCAAUGUCAGUAUUGGUGCUAGAAAUUCGUCUGGACCAAACUCUGAGAACAAAUAAAGCUUGUGAUGAUGUCCGUCUAAUGCAGCUCCCGAUGAUACCGUGCCCGCUGCUCUUUUUGGCCCGUCUGGUAAAGAUGUGUAAAAAAUUCUUCGAAUAUAUCCAAUUUUCUAUUGCUGCUGAUUAAUCUCACUCUGUAAAACUGAAAAAAAAAGGAACAUUUAAAUUUUACAUUUCUUCACUGUGGGGGAAAAAAAUCCCCCAUUUCCUCUUUUAUUGGCAGCCAUAACAAUCCCUAUUAAAUAAAUACAACUGGAAACAU